AUGUAUGACUAUAUUGACAAAAAUUUCACAAACUUUGUAAAAAAUUAUGAAUACGAGAAGGAUGAAUAUAAUGAAGAAAUUAUAGAUUUACUGAACUUGUACAAGACAGAUGAUUGGAUUGCCAAAAUUGAUGAAUUAAAUUUGGCCGAGUCGGAAGAAGUGAAUUUAAUCCUAAUGGAUACACAGGGGUUGAACAGCCCAAAUGUGAAUAAGCGCUAUGACGAAAUAUUGUACGCCCUUACCAAUUUAAUAUCGACCGAUAUUAUCUUUCUCACGAUGAAGAUGAUUAACAAUAAGGACUUGGAAUUUAUAGAAAAUAUCACAAAGGAUGCCAAUUUGUUUAUGCUCAGAGCGUAUACCAGAUCGAACGGAUCCACUUUUUCUAUAAAGAAAAAUAAUUUUGACAAAAUUUUGGACCAUAUGGAUAACAUCGAAAAUAACUCUUUAAUUUUGGAAAGCAUCGCUUCGAAGAAUCUGAUGUGGGUGGUCCACGAUUUUAGUCAACGGCUGGACGUGCGAAAGGGGAAGCUGUGGCUCGACAUUUUGUUAAACUCCGAUCGGAGAGACCUUGACAUCAAGUAUUGGAAGAAAAUCAUAUCCAACAAGAGCAAGGAGAAGUACGACGCGUAUACGACGAAGCAGAAAAAAAUCGCCUACCUGAGUUACGCCGAUGGUGGUGCUUCUUCGAACUAUGCUUCUUCGAACUACGCUGCUGCGAACUACUCUGCUGACCAAAGUGGAAGCGCCGUGGCGGAAACGUCUUCCAACUACAAACUGAACGUUCUGUACAAAAACAUAGACUGCGUGUUGCUCAGAAAUAUGUACAACAACAAGGAGUUCGAUUUUACGAAUGCAAAUUUGUCGGACCUGAAUGAUGAGUACAAGAAUGACGUGAUUCUACUAAGGUAUAAAAUUUACCUGAGGGCAUUGCUGUUCCCAAAGAAAACUUAUUCUAAUGUUCAGAUGAGUUACUUAAUGGGAAAAAUGAAGAAGGAGCAACAGAUGCGCAAUCAGAAGGAGGAAAAAGGUGGGGGUGCAAAAAAAAAUAGUGAUGAGGGAGAGAAUAGUAGCAGUAGUUACGGCACCGAGAUGAGUAAUAGAUACAUGUCGGGACAUGACGUGUACGACUUUAUCACGUUCUUAGUCCGAUCAGCCAACCAAAACCUUUUUACAAAUGUCAAUCAGUUUUUUAAACAAUUCAAAAUUAACAGGGCAGAAAUUAGUAGAAACGAUUUGGUAUUUCUGUACAAAAAGUAUCUCCUACAAUUUAUGGAAAAUGAAGAUGUCGAAUUUAUUAGCUACCUGAAUGAUGAAGGAGACGAUUUAGCAACCAGUCUGGGAAACAAAUUCAGUUCACAUGAGAGAAAGAGUACCUUCGAAGAGGAAGAACUGUUUGGGGAGGACUUCUCGGAGGAGGAAAAAAAAAACACAGAGGAACGAACCGAUAUGUAUAAGCUCCCCCCACUAUUGAACGAAAUUAGAAAGUACGAAGAACUCAUAAGGGAACAAAUUUUAAACAUCUGGUAUAAGUACACAGAGAGCGAUUUUCAUGAUGAGGAGGAGAAGGAGCUAAUCAAAGAUAUCGAAACAAAUUUGUAUGAAAGGUUGGACCAAAUAAAAAACGAAAUGGUAGAGUUAGGAGAAGCAAAUAUUAAAAAAUUUUGCAAAAUUGCAUGUGAAGACGCGUUGCAAAUUGUUGUAGAGGACAUCAAAAUGAAGAGCGACCAGUACCCCAUCAAACAGAAAGAUCUUAUGAACUUCUUCGAAUCGGUUAGCUACAAUUUGUUGAAAUAUUUAGAAAAAAAACUCUCCAAAAGUUCAGAAAAAUUAGACCUAAUAUAUUAUAAGGAUGAAAUUUGCAGCCCCUUGAUAAAUAGCACCUUCCAAGAAUUUUACUAUUUAAAAAAAAAAAAUAUUACGUUGAAUGAAAACCUGUCCAAGGGGAAGGAAGUGUUCGAAAUGCUGGCAGAAAGUACUGAUAACAUAACCGAAUAUUUCAAGAGCAAGAAUUUGUUUUAUGCCAUUUUGGACAAAUGGAAUGCGGAAGCGGUUAAUGUCUACAUGACCUCCUUGAGCGAUUUUUCAAAGGAGGAAAAAGAAAUCAGUGAAGAAUAUCUAAUCAUUCUUGACAACGAUAUAAAAAUUCUGAAGCAAAAAGCCAUGGAGAAAUGGCACAACCAUUGUAAGGAUAAAACCAGCGCUCUCUUCAAUAUGCAUAAAGGCAAUUUGAAGAAAAAUUUCCUCGAAAAUUUCAACUUCCCACUAGACGAACUAGUACUACAGGAUAUAUUCCUAAGUCUUAAAGGGCAGGAAGAACUCAAGUACAUGGAUAUCUACUGCUCAAAUGAAGAGUCCUGGCAAGGAGAGUACAAAAAAUUUCUCCUACUAACAGAUGAGGUAUACAAAUUUAUAAAGGAUGAAAAUUUGAAAGCUAUUCAGAUAACCUGUCAGCAACCAUUGGACGAUUUAAAAAAUGGAAUAAGACAUGAAAUCCAUAAGUACUACCUGUGGAGGUCUCUAAAAAAUGAGCUAUAUAGUAGAGCGCUCGUUGUACUAUCCAGUAACAUUGAAAAUAUUUACCUAAAAAAUCAAAGAGAAAACAAAAUACAGUCCUCUAUAGAGGAAAAGCUGAGUACGAAAAAUACACACUAUAGGAAAAUCUCGAAAGAAUUAAUGAGUAAAGUUAUAAACAGAUGGUUAAAUAAUGACAUAUAUAAUAUAUACUACCCUAUUAUCAGGAAACAGCUGAUUCAUAAAAUUAUUUGCUACUUAGGAAUGCUUAUUUUGUUGUUCAUAACAUGCCUAGUGUUGUACUUUAAAAAAUUUCACAUCAGUUUUUUCUUCUUGAUAAUAAUUUCGCUCUUUAUGAUAUUUGGAUACGCUCAAAUAUCACUCUACGUGAAGAAAUUCUUCCGACAUGUGGUCUUCUACUUUUACGAAGGAAUUGCUAACGUGUUUGGAACGGAGGGCGCCAUAGUUUUCACCAUUCUGUUCAUCAGUGUAACGGCUAUUUACCUGUACAACUAUCACAUUGUGAGAAUUAAGAAUAAGGUGGCAAAAAAUACAAAGAAGAUUUUCCAGUCUCAAAAUCUUAUGAACUUGUCAGGGAUGAAUGGAUUUAAAGAUAUGAAUGCCAAUUCGAAGACGAGGAUAUUCAAACCGAAUAUAAUGAAGUACUCGGAUUACGACAAUAGGGAUGGAAAAUACCUCACGUCCAACCUCACGCAGGAUUAUAAGAUGCACAAUGAUGCCUCUCAGUUUAUCGACCUUAAGAGUAGGGCGAAUCGAGUCAACAAGAUGGACGACUACCCGACGUAUAACAACCCCAGCAAGUUUCAGCGGCGCUCCUACUUGGAUUAG